UCUCUCUCUCUCUCUAAAACAGUAAUAAUAAAACUUCUCUUUCUCAUUAAACUCUCUCUCUAAGCUAGCUGAGCUGAACUGAGCUGAGAUCAAUCACGCAACAGAUCAGGCCGUGUUUCCAGUACUACUGAUUUUGGGUGGUGUAUAUCUUACAAAUAAAUAUAGAUUAAGCAAUGGCCUUCUGAUAUAACCGAGAAAUUAAUGGAGGACAGCUUAAACUUAGGAGAUCUGCGUGUAAAUACAGUUAGACAGUCAUCCUUUAGGCAGGGUGGCACCUUUAAGUCCACGUUGUCAGGAAAAUCGACGCCUAAGAAUUCUCCUUCAUUUCGGAGAUUGAAUGCUAGCCGAACUCCGAGAAGAGAAGCUAGAAGCAAUGCCUUACAGUGGUUUCGAAGCAACCGAUUAGUGUAUUGGUUGCUUUUGAUUACACUGUGGACUUAUCUAGGAUUUUAUGUCCAGUCCAGGUGGGCUCAUGGUGAUAACAAUGAGAAAUUUCUAGGGUUUGGAGGUAAACGCAGAAAUGGGAUUGUGGACUCUCAACAGAAUAAAAGUCGUGAUUUGGCAGCCAAUGUUAGUUCUCUGCCAGUAAAUAAAGGGGCGACUAACAUUGAGGUGUCAGAUGCUAAAAAAAUAGAUGUGGUUUUAUCUAAGAAAGAAAAUGGUGCUUCUUCUCGUCGGAGUGUAACUAAAAGGAAGAGGAGUAGGCGUAGUUUACGUGGUAAAGGGCGGGGUAAACAGAAGACAAAGACAGAUAUUGAAAGCAACGACAUAGAGCCACAGCAACCAGAAAUUCCUAUGACAAAUGCUUCUUAUGGUUUACUUUUUGGUCCAUUUGGCGUGAUAGAGGAUAGGAUUCUAGAAUGGAGUCCGGAAAAGCGAUCAGGGACUUGUGACAGGAAAGGGGCCUUUGCACGUCUUGUUUGGUCUAGGAAAUUUAUUUUGAUUUUCCAUGAGCUUUCAAUGACUGGUGCUCCACUUUCAAUGAUGGAAUUUGCAACAGAGCUUUUGAGCUGUGGAGCCACGGUUUCAGCUGUAGUUCUUAGUAAGAAAGGUGGAUUGAUGUCGGAGCUCAGUAGGAGAAAAAUCAAAGUACUUGAGGACAAAGGAGAGCUGAGUUUCAAAGCUUCAAUGAAAGCAGAUCUUGUCAUUGCAGGAUCAGCAGUCUGUGCAUCAUGGAUUGAUCAAUACAUCGAUCGUUUUCCAGCUGGUGGAGGUCAAAUCGUCUGGUGGAUCAUGGAAAACCGAAGAGAGUACUUUGAUCGGGCAAAGCUUAUUCUUCACAUGGUGAAGAUGCUGAUUUUUCUUUCUGAAUCGCAGACCAAACAAUGGCUAACCUGGUGUGAAGAAGAAAAGAUCAAACUAAGAUCUCAGCCUGCAGUUGUUCCACUUUCUGUUAAUGAUGAAUUGGCUUUUGUUGCCGGCUUUAAUUGUUCACUAAAUACUGCAGCUUAUAGGCCCAAGAAGAUGCUAGAGAAAAUGCAACUUUUACGAGAUUCAGUUCGAAAAGAGAUGGGAUUGGCUGAUAAUGAUAUGCUUGUGAUGUCUCUCAGUAGUAUAAAUGCUGGAAAGGGCCAGCUCUUGCUUGUUGAGUCGGCACAGCGAAUGUUUGAACAAGAAGCUUUCAGAAAUGAUUCUAGAAUAAGAAAAGUGAAUUUACGCAAGGGGAAAUCGAAGUUGGCUGGAAGUCAUCAUUUAAGAGGCUUGCUUCAAACAUCAAAUGACAUUGUUGUAUCGUCAAGUGAAUUAGCCAGUGUCAGUGAGUCUUUUACCUGGUUGGAUGAACCUAAGAGGAAUGAUUUACCAUCACCUAGUCUCUAUACCUCUAUCAGCGACCCAGUGGCUGUGAACUUUAUCAGCAGCCAGAAAAGAAGGAAAGUGCUUUCUAAGAAUGAAGAAACACAGAAACAGGCUCUUAAACUUCUUAUUGGUUCGGUUGGAUCUAAGAGCAAUAAGGUGCCUUAUGUCAAGGAGAUUUUACAGUUCUUAUCCCAGCACUCAAACUUGUCAAAUUCUGUGAUGUGGACUCCAGCAACAACACGUGUUGCAUCACUUUACUCCGCAGCAGAUGUAUAUGUUAUAAACUCCCAGGGACUGGGAGAAACAUUUGGGAGAGUGACAAUUGAAGCAAUGGCAUUUGGUCUUCCGGUGCUUGGAACAGAUGCUGGAGGCACAAAAGAAAUUGUUGAGCACAAUGUGACCGGGUUACUGCAUCCUCCAGGGCAUCAAGGAAGUCCUGUUCUUGCUCAAAAUCUCAGGUUUUUGCUUAAAAACCCAUCAGCAAGGAAGCAGAUGGGGAUGGAAGGAAGGAAAAAGGUAGGAAAACUGUACUUGAAGCGGCACAUGUACAAGAAAUUGGGAGAGGUUCUCUAUAAGUGCAUGAGAUUCAAAUAAGGUCCACCACUAGAUUCUUCAUUCUUUAAUUGUUUUGGAAUUUGAAAGGGUGCUGUUAAUAACUGGAAAAAAUUAAUUGUUUUUUUGAUUGA